AUGGUUGAAAAAAUUCGAGAUCCCGAUCAUAGGGAUGGUAGAGUAUUUUUGAUUGUCUCUCUCUUCUCUUUUGCUCAAAGAAAAGUAAUAGUUAUAGUUGUUCAAUAA